AUGAGUGCUUCCAUUCUUCGUCCCAGUGUACCUACUGAAGAUUCGAAAAAGUGGCCAAGUGCCUAUACAAAAAUCUGGGGAUUCGAGAAAUCCAUGUGGAGUUCCCAAAACAUUAACAGCUCGGUUUGUGCCAUGCAGGCUUUCCACAACCGUAGCGUCUUGGUAUCUGCGCCUUCAGUAUCUAACGUCUACUUAUGGGGAGGUUCUGAUUAUUCGACAACCGAUGUCGAGUCAUUGCAAGCCUGGAAGUGCCGAUACUCCUCGUGGGAGAGGAUCAUGGUGUCUGUCGAGAUGGUCUCCGCCAACGGCAAGCUUGUCCUGGACAACACCAACCCUCCACGCCCCGAUCGCUCGACAUCAACUCCGUGGAAGGACCACAUCCCAGUGCCUUUUCUCGAUCCUCAAACCGAUGGAUUGGAAGCGGAAAGUUGUGGUAGCGCUUUUCCGGAGGUGGCUCGGACGCAGGGCCUGGUAUCGUAUUUCAACGCUUCCAACAUCCUGAUCGCGCCUUACGGGCAGGUCCCACUCGAAGCCUUUGGUGAUCCGCAACAGAGCUGGAAGAUUCUCGAGGCCCUGAAAUACAAUUGCGCUCUUCUCAGUGCACAGAUUCUCAAUAUUGAGAAUCGACUGAGAGUAGAAGAAAUGCAAAACGAGGAACUAGAGCCACUGAGCGCAGUCCUGAUGAACAACAACGCCAAGCGACUCGUCCAAAACCCAACGACGACCUACCUUCUCGUAGGAAUUCUAAGCUUUGUUGGCAUAAUACAUAUCUUCAUGCUCUUCUCGUCGGCUUUACGACGAUUCACGAGGUGGCGAAAGGGAUUGCUCGAUAUGGAUGUUCAAGGGCUGGCAACUAGUGGGUUUAGCAGCAUUGCAAUGAUGGCCGCUCUUCUGGAUUCCUCGGACUUUGCGAAGCAUAACCCUGAAGAUUCGUAUAAGUUGUCGAACAGGCUUUCAUCUAUACGCUUUCGUAUGGGAUGGUUUCGGAGGGAGUCGGAUUGA